UCUAAGCUUCUGUUCGUUGACUUCGAAAACUGAUAGCUUAUAAGUCAAAAUCCCCUUUUUCAAUCUCUCAUCGUCUUGUUGAAACUUUUUUUUUGAACUAAUUGACUCGACAAUGGCGGACACCACAGGAUCCGAGAUGAAAUCAGGUUCGUUUAUGUCAGAGAAAUCGGCCAAGAUCUUUGUCGCUGGACAUAGGGGAUUGGUUGGAUCAGCCAUUGUCCGCAAGCUUCAUGAUCAGGGUUUCACACAUCUGGUUCUUCGAACCCAUUCCGAGCUUGAUCUCACUAGCCAAUCAGAUGUUGAAUCCUUCUUUGCUACAGAGAAACCAGUUUAUGUCAUCCUUGCUGCUGCUAAGGUUGGUGGGAUUCAUGCUAACAACACAUACCCAGCUGAUUUCAUUGGUGUCAAUCUCCAAAUCCAGACCAAUGUGAUCCACUCUGCUUAUAAACAUGGUGUGAAGAAACUCCUCUUCCUUGGUUCCUCUUGCAUCUACCCCAAAUUCGCUCCUCAACCGAUUCCCGAAUCUGCACUUCUUACUGGUCCGCUUGAACCGACUAACGAAUGGUAUGCGAUCGCCAAGAUUGCUGGGAUUAAGAUGUGUCAAGCUUACCGGCUUCAGCAUCAAUGGGAUGCCAUCUCCGGUAUGCCCACGAAUCUGUACGGUCAAAAUGAUAAUUUCCACCCGGAGAAUUCUCAUGUGCUUCCUGCUCUCAUGAGGAGGUUUCAUGAAGCCAAAGCCAACAAUGCAGACGAAGUUGUGGUUUGGGGAAGCGGAAGCCCGUUGAGGGAGUUUUUACAUGUCGAUGAUUUGGCUGAUGCUUGUGUUUUCUUGAUGGAUCAGUACAGCGGAUUUGAGCAUGUGAAUGUAGGAAGUGGUGUUGAAGUGACAAUCAAAGAAUUGGCUGAGUUGGUGAAAGAAGUUGUUGGGUUUAAAGGAAAGCUAGUUUGGGAUUGCACAAAACCAGACGGGACACCACGGAAACUGAUGGAUAACUCGAAGCUCGCGUCUUUGGGAUGGACACCGAAGAUUUCACUAAAAGAUGGUCUCUCCCAAACGUAUGAAUGGUAUUUGGAGAAUGUUGUGCAGAAGAAGCAGUAAAAAACAAGGUCCAAACUCAACGCAAUUCAUUCUCUUCACACGUGAAUGUUUAUGCGUUUGAAUUUUGGUUCUAUACAGAUCUCUAUCUCUUUAAUGUACUUUUUGUAUUCAUGGAUUUCAUACCGUGCAAGUUAUGCAAACUUAUUUUGUAAUAAAUGUAACAUUGUUGU